AUGAGCACCCAACAGCUUGAAGUGGACACGGCGCCCGGUAGACCCGUGGUGCGUAUGAUGGUCUUGGAGACAGACAAACCACACCCAGAGACCGAGUCCCGUCGGGGUACCUUUGGCGAGAUCCUCCACCACCACUUUGCCAAAGCCGGCGAUGACCAUGACCCUCCCCUCGGCAUUGAGACCGAUACACGCUACGUUAUCACCGAAAAAGGAGGCACCAUGCCCAAAGCUCACGAGUUCGACAACUGUGAGGCCCUUUUGAUCACGGGCAGCGUGUACGACGCCCACGGCAAUGACCCCUGGAUCUUGGACCUCCUUGCCCUUCUCAAAGAACUCUGGCUGAAACACCCCAAUAUGCACUUCUCCGGCGUCUGUUUUGGCCACCAGCUGCUCUGCCGCUUUCUUGGGUCCGAGAUUGCCUCCGCCGCGCCUACGGACUGGGAACUGGGCCACUGCAAGAUCAACCUCAGCCCCCUCGGCCAGAAGCUCUUCCAGACAGACACACCCGAAGUACACCUUCACCAGAUGCACCAAGACUAUGUCGUCGCCCCUCCGACCGUCGAGUCCUCGGGGGAUUUGCUUGCCCCGGGGACCAAGGUUGAGGCAUGGGGCCACAGCGACCAUACCAAGGUGCAGGGGAUAUACAUCAAGGGCAGGGUGUUUACGACGCAGGCGCACCUGGCGUUUGACGAGGGCAUGGUGAAGCGGCAGAUCCAGAUGCGCGUCGACGGCGGGAGCAUCAAAGACCUGGAGCACGCGGAUAGGGCGGCCGAGACAGCCGAGAUGGACCACGACGGGGAUGUGGCGGCGGCUGCGAUCCUGCGCUUCUUUCACGACGAGCCCAUUGAGUAG